AUGGCUAAUGAGACCACAGUUCAGGAAUUCAUUUUGCUGGGAUUUAGAGGCGAGCAGCAGAAGAGAUUCUUGCUUCUCAUCUUUUUUGCCAUUCUCUACAUGCUCACUUUGCUGGAGAACAUCACCAUCAUCAUACUGGUACUGCUCGAUGCUCACUUGUCCCAGCUUCCCAUGUACAUCCUUCUGAGCAACUUCUCCUGGAUGGAGAUGUGCUAUGUGACUUCCGUUAUGCUCCGGAUGCUGUUAGACCUGGCUUCCUCUCAUGGGACCAUCUCUUUCCAUGCUUGUUUUCUUCAGUUCUACAUUGCUUUCUCUCUUGGCACCACUGAAUUCUUCUUCCUCUCAGCCAUGGCUUUGGAUCGAUACCUGGCCAUCUGCCACCCAUUGCAUUACCCACAAAUCAUGUGCCUCAGUUCCUGCUAUGUCCUGGUGGCUGCUUGUUGGAUCCUUGGCUUCCUAGCAUACAUUCUCCCAGUGAUAUUGAUUUCCAGAUUAUCAUUCUGUGGACCCAACCUCAUUAACCAUUUUUUGUGUGAUCCUGGACCACUUCUGUCCUUGGCUUGUCCUCCACUUGGAUAUGCUCCCCUUGUCUUCCAAAUUAUCAUAAGCACUCUGUUUAUAAGCAAUGUCUUCUUUGCUGUGCUAUCCUAUGGCACUAUCAUUUUUACCCUGAUGAAAUCGUCUAACCAAGGGAAUCGUAAGAAGGCCUUCUCCACCAUAUCUAUGCACUUGUUGGUGGUAACACCUUUCUAUGGUUCAAUUGGAGGGAUGUACUUACUUUCUGGUGCAGAAAGCCCAUCGGAGAUCACUAAGGCAAUAACAUUCUUCUAUACAUCCAUUACACCCUUCCUCAACCCCCUGAUUUACUGUCUGAGGAAUGACCAGGUGAAAGAGGCCCUGGGUAGGUUACUGAAGGGUGGGACUGAUGUUAACAAAAAUCAUGUAUGA